CUUGCAGCUGGAUGCCUCGCCCCUCAACCGUGACGUUGUGAGAUGUGAUUGGGCGCAGGGAGUGGCAGUCCUCCAUCGCCCGGGCGACAGUGGCAGGGAAGAGCGCGGGCUGUAAACAGGAGUCGUGGAGAGCCUGAGGCAAGGAGGACCCUUGGCGCCAGGCUCGCUGCCCUGCUUCCCCCUGGAGAGCGGUGGGUCACGGGACGGGGGCCAUGAGAGCCCCCUGACCAUGUUCCAGAUUGCGGAGUACCAUGACGACGACGCUUUCCCGACGGCCGAGAAGGAUCCUAAGCUGACCUGGCAGGGAUCCGCAGGAGAGGCCAAAAGCCCAGGCAGCCCAGCCAGCACUGAGAAUCCAGAGCUGCGACGCCGUAUCGGGUCGGACCCCCCAUUGCCCGACCCAGAGAUCGCGGAUGAGGUGGGCACUUUCCGGGCGCGCUCCCGCUCCGCCCCUCCCAUCCUAUGGGCCGCUCAGCGCUACGGGCGGGAGCUGCGCCGGAUGAGCGACGAAUUCCACGGCGCUCUGCAGAAGUUGCCGCGUCCUAAGAGCGCGGGGACCACGUCCCAAAUGCACCAAACGUCCGGCUGGAAGGCGACGCUGCAGUCGUGGUGGCAACGGGGCUCCUUGGGGAACACUCCCCCGAGAAGCCCGUCAUGACGGCGGUGCUUUGGGGCCGCUUGUCCGUUGCACCCGGGUCCAAAGAGGAGCAACUCUCGACGGUCCAAACGGCACAUUUCACACCGACCCGGUGCCUUCCUGGGAUGCAUUUCGGCCCCAACAUUCCUGGAAAAGGUCUACUAUAAUGUCAACAAGGCUGCCUCGCAUGAUAGUGGAUGAUCUGACAUAAUUUUUAUACAUUUACACGGGAACAUACGUACAUGCCUUUGUUCCUUGGUUCCCCACCGUGCUCUUCCUUUUCUCUCCAAUCGAGAGCCUCUUUCCCAAAGGAAACAAAAAAGGGAAGAGAGAAACCAUGCUGUAUCAAGUUCUGUUACAAAAGUCCUUUAUUAUUUAGUAUUUUUGUUUUCCCCCAUGGAGAAUUAAAAUUAAAUGUUGUUACUCCUUUGA